ACACUGCAUGCAGCAGUGCCCUGGGGGCCAGGAGACGUUGGAUCCCCUGGAACUGGAGGGAUGGAAGGUUGUGAGCCAACAAAUGGGUGCUGGGAGUGGAGCCUGGGUCUUCUGCACAAACAAAUGCUCUUAACCACUGCACGAUUAAGCCCCAUGAUUAAAAGUUAAAUUAAAUGACCAGGUAUCACCAUGGUGUACCUCGGCCAGGGCCAGAAGGUGCAGAAGGUGAUGGUGCAGCCCAUCAAUCUUAUCUUCAGAUACUUGCAAAGUGGAUCUCGAAUUCAGGUGUGGCUCUGUGAGCAAGUGGAUGCUCAGAUAGAGGGUUGCAUCAUUGGCUUUGAUGAGUACAUGAACCUUGUAUCAGAUGAUGCAGAAGAAAUUCAUUCUAAAACAAAGUCAAGAGAACAACCGGGUUGGAUCAUGCUAAAAGGAGACAAUAUUACUCUGCUCCAACGUGUUUGCAACUAGCAAUAGUCAAGCAGGGGAGAAGUUUAGAAGAGGGUUCAGGAGCCUGCUGGUGACUACAUUUAUUCAUCCUGUUUUACUUGCACAUUAUCAUUGGGGUAAAAAUAAAUGUGAGCUUGUUUUUGUUACUAAAAAAAAUGACCAGGUAUAUUAGAAUGGUAAUAUUAAUGAUACAAGCUAUGCCA